UUUUUAUCUGUCACUGCGUCAAAUAAGUAUUUUGCCGGAAAAACAAACGAAAUAUAAAAAAAAGAAGAAAGGAACGCACUUCUGCUAUAAAACCGAUCAAGAAAAACGCACGUGCAUUUGUGCAGCCACAAGAUUACGCUUCAAAAAACUGCAAACAUUAACUUAACCUUGAAAUGGAUUCAAUGGAUUUAAUGGAUUCGGCGCUGCCCGAGUUACAGCCACGUAUAUCAUCGCCGCCCGAUGUGGACCUUGAGCUGGACAUAUCCACGAUGCUCGAGGUGCAUCUUGAUGUAAACCUACCCACAAUGCCCGAGGUGAAGGUGCUGCCCGAAGUAAAGCCAUUCCUUCCGCCGCUGCCCGAGGUAGACUUAUCCGCGAUGCUCAUGGUGAAGCUUCAGGACGACUUUUCCACGAUGCACAAAGUGAUGGAGGAGCCAGGCCCAUCGGCGCUGCUGCCCAAAGUCAAGUUCGAGUCACGCUUGGUAAAGCCAAAGAAGAAACUCUCUGAGGCUCUUAAGGUAUGCAACGAGAUCCUCAUAGUGCUGUUCAGCAGGAAGCACUCGGCCUAUGCCCGGCCCUUCUACAAACCGGUGGAUGUACAGAAUCUGGGUCUUUACGACUACUACAACAUAAUCAAGACGCCCAUGGAUAUGGGCACCGUGAAGCAGAAGUUGGACAAUCGGGUGUACAAGAGUGCUUCGGCGUUCGCGGCCGAUAUGCAAUUAAUAUUCUCCAACUGCUACAAGUACAAUCCGGCACAUCAUAACAUCGUGACCAAGUGCGAGAAGCUUCAGCUUGCCUUCGAGAUGCUCUACGUAAAAGUACCCGACGAAAUACUCAGAGACUCGUCCAGCGAGGAUGAGGAGGAGGUCUGCAGCGACGUGGAGAACGAGUCCACCUCGGACGAAGAGGUCGACAUCGACUGCUCGCCCAAGAUGGACAUCUUCAAAACGUGCAACCACAUGGAGGAGAAGCGUAAGCUAAAGCUGGAGAAGAAAACUCGGGCGAUCGUUGAGGAUCUUCUCAGUGCCAAGCGCAGAAUCAUCGAUAAAAACAUAAUCGGUCUUGAGCAUGAGACGGAGAAGCUCGCCGAGGAGAUCUCUGCCCUGAAGAAGGGCAAAAAGCCGGGAGAGAAAAUGAUUAACACGGUGCUGAACGAGUCCAGCUCGGACGAAGAUAUCAGCGACAAGCUGCGAAUCAGCCAGUCCAUGGUAGAGACAGCCCUUUUUAAAGUAAACAUCCUCAUGCAGGGAAAUUGUAAGUUGAUUCAGGAUAAAAAUAAAUACAAGCGCGUCGAAAAAGGGUUCAGUGCCAAGGGAAAAAUCAUCGACAAAAAUCCAAUCGAUCUUGAGGAAGAGAUCGGAAAGCUCACCGAGGAAAUCUCAGCCAUGCAGAACUUUGAAAAGCCGGAGAACAAAGGGAUCAUUUCGGUCUCCGGCUUCAGCUCGGGACUCCGACAACCGACACUGCCGCCUGGAGGCAAGAAGGCCACUAUCAUCAGUGGCAACGAAACCGGCUGGAAGAUUCCAAUGCGCAAAAGGAAACGAGCCUUCAGGCCCCAUUUACAUGCCCGAAUGAACUGCAAAUCGCGGACUAAUCUGAUGGCGGCCUUUGAGGAUACCUUGUAGAAUACGGCCACCACACGGACAAGGACAGAGAGCCACAAGAACCAGCCAAAGAACACACCUUCAGCAGCAGGAACCCCCAAACAAAAGAGCAAAGCUUUUUAUAUUGAUUGCUCAUUCCAGUAGAUUUUACACAUUAAUGAUAAAGCAACCUUUAUUUGUCACUAAUUUAAAGAAUCAACUAACUAUUGGCACUGCUGUUUUGCUGUUUUGCUCUGCUUUAAAAGCUGAAAACCUUCAAAUAUCAGCAGACAUAGCCAGAAGUUAUGACAGUUAAACAAAAACUUAAAUUAAUAAAUUUACAAAUAAUGAGCAGUGUUCGAUUUUACAUCAAGUCCGUAUGGAUGUCUGAUUGCAUACCAAUUUUUGUGAACAGUUCUUCAUCAAUGACAGUAAAAUAAUCUAUAAUUUCUCCUCGGUUUAAUCCUAGCUUUAAUGCUUUGUAACAGAACCAUACCUAGUACCAAAGUGCCUUCAAUGGUCGCCAGAUUAGUCAGAAGUAUGAGAGCUAAACCUACAAUCGACAUGGAAAACAGAAUUUCAAUCCAGUCAAUAAAAUAUAUUAUAACCCAGAACACUUAAAUUUACAUUUUCAUACAAUUAGUUGAAUAUCGA